AUGUCUUUGUUGUCUUAUACCACGAUCAGACCUGGUGCUGCCCCCAAGCGGUCCUGGUUCACCCUCAAUCCUGCUCUGGAUACAGUAGAUGGGAAAGUCCUUCCUGGUGGGCGUAUCACUUGUUCCAACUGGGCCGAUGAUACCAACACGUUACAUAUCGCUUCUAUCCACACUGGAUCCUAUCUACGAACUGACUGGGAAAUGAUCACUCGUAGAUUCAAAAGAUUGCAGUCCGCCGAAGCCGGCUUCGCAUCCUCUCCCACCGCGGAUGUAGCUAAAAUGUGGCAAGCUCAAAAGUUCAAUACUAGCUCAGGACAAGAUCGCCCAGAACAUCUUAUUCACAAUUCAAAAGAAGAAUUCGAGAGAUUGUUUGGUUUUCAGCUCACGGAAGGUCAUCAUGCAGUCUCAACGGACUGGGCAGAUCAAAGCACAGUUGGGGAAGGCCGAUCAGCCAUGACCCAUACGCUACGAAAGAGCUGUGAUAUACAAGAUUAA